AGAGAGAAAGCGAGUGGAGAGAGAGAGAGAGAGAGAGAGAGAGAGAGAUGGGGAAGGCUGUAGAGAAGAAGAAGAAAGGCCGCCCAUCUCUCCUCGAUCUCCAGAAGCGUAGCCUCCGGCUCAAGAAGCUGCAAGAGCAAAAGAAGCAGAAGCAAAACCCUAACCCUAAACCUAACGCAAUCCCCAACCCAUAUGCCCGUUUCCCAAUUCCCUCUGCCGGCCGCCGCUCCUCCCGGCGAAACCCUAAUCCCGAUCCUGAACCGGCUUCUCCGGCGGAGGAUGGGGAUGAUGCAGAGGCGGACGCUUCAAUGGGGGACGAUGAGGACGACGACGAACCAAAGGGGAGGCGAAAGGAGAAAAAGCUCAAGUUAGUCCUCCACCUCCCUCACACCAACACCAACUCGUCCGAUUUGGCAUCCUACGCAUCUGAAUCGAAUGGUGCCGUUCUCGAAAACCGGAAGAUUGACGCCGUGGGAAAGACAGAAGGAAAAAAUUCGGCCUGGAAAGCGACAGAGGCUCCUCAAGGGACAUCUGAUUUGGGCCCCACAACGCCUCUGCCAGACAAAAAGUUAUUGGAUUUCAUCCUUGAUAGGCUGCAGAAGAAGGACAUCUAUGGAGUUUUUUCUGAGCCCGUGGAUCCAGAAGAGCUUCCAGAUUACCAUGAUAUCAUCAAACAUCCAAUGGAUUUUGGGACUGUGCGGAAGAAGCUCUCAAGUGGAGCUUAUAAGGAAUUGGAACAGUUUGAGGAAGACAUUUACUUAAUAAGCUCAAAUGCCAUGCGCUAUAAUGCAACAGACACAAUUUACUUUCGGCAGGCACGGUCCAUACACGAGCUUGCAAAAAAAAGUUUUGAGAACUUAAGGCAUGGAAGUGAUGGUAGUGAACGGGAGCCAAAAAUAGUACGUAGAGGUAGGCCACCUGGAACUGGCAAGAACAGUAUCAAGCGGCCAGUUGGAAGGCCUCCUGCUGAGCAUGCUGUUUCUGAUUUUCGCUCUGAGGCUUCUCUUGCAAAUGCCUUGAAUGGAAACCAUUCUUCUGGAUUAAGGAAUGAUUUGUUGAGAAAAGGAUCAGGAUUGGAUCAGCAAAGAAUGGCAGAUGUGUCUGUCAGUCCUACUCAGUUUAUUCAAAGUUCUGAAGCAUAUAUUUUAGGCAGUGAGCAUAAAUCUGUGAGAAAUGAAGAUUAUUCAGGGUCUACAUGGAAAGGAUUCUUGGAUAACGGAAAGACAGUUUCUUUCAUGGAUGAGAGUCGCCGUAAUACAUACAAGCAAUAUCAGUUUUCAUCCUCCAUGCAUGACUUUCCUGUGCUGGCAGCUCUUGAUGGAGAGAAAAAGAUUUUGUUGCAGGUUGGGUUUCAUGUCGAGUAUGCAUAUGCCAGGAGUUUGGCUCGUUUUGCCGCGCAUCUUGGCCCCAUCGGUUGGAAGAUUGCUGCCAAACGGAUCGAGAAGGUUCUUCCUUUAGGGAUGAAGUUUGGACCCGGGUGGGUAGGGGAGACUGAUGCUCAGCAAUCUUGUCACCUGCACUACACAAAGCUUUCUCAGCAUCCUUCCUUGACGCAUUCAAAUAUCUCAGCAACAUCAAGAGGUGAUCAACACUCCAAAAGGCAAGAGGAGCUUUUGACGAAUAACUCUGUUGGACAAGACUGCAACUUUGGAACUUCUCUUCCUCUAUCCUCAGCUUCUAUAUCCACUGUUGCUCAUGAGAGAUUUCAUGAUUCCAGUGAAGCGAAAGGUUCAUCCCAAUUUCAUCAUAACACAACAAUGCAACAUCUUGCCAAUGGAUUGAAAGUUCCGCCCACACCGAACAUUCCUCUUCAUCCUGGAAUGUUCUCGAGGCCAAGUGUCUCUCGAGGAAACUUUGGUUUAGAGGAAGUAAUUGCACAAGCUCAUACAGCAAGUGCAGUUUCAAGCAACUCCAGCAGCAAUUCCAGUCAUGAAUUGCCUCCCUCCCUUCCUCCAUACCAAGAGAGGAUUGUCAAGCCAGGAGUUAUUCCAACACAAGCCACAAAUCAUGUAAUCUCUCUGCCAAGUUCAAGUAAAGGGCCAUGCCCUGUUGUUCAAGGUGUUGCAGUUGAUUCACAGAAACCUGAUUUGGCAUUGCAGUUGUGAGAGCAAUUCAGGUUCAUUAUUUAUUUCAUUCAUAUGAAAUUGGAUUCCGAGUAAUUUUUUUUCAAAUUUCUGAAUUGUGAUCCGUUCGAAGAAAUAUAGGUGGAAUAAUAUUAGUCUAACUAUCCUAGAACUGUGGGAGGUUUUCAAACAAAAAUUAGGUGCUAGACCCCAAUUCUUAGCUUCCAUGGAUGUAGAUUUUGGGUUCCUUUGGGGUUUCUUAUUCUUAGUUAAAUUUUAUCUGAUUUUAGUAAAUACCCAAAUGUUUGUAGAAUAGUGUUGGCAUUUUGUACAGAUUAACAUUCCUGAAAUGAAUUAAGGAAUUGUCUUCUUUAAGUACCAUUUAUCCAAUAUUUAAUGAGCCAUGUUAACAUUGUUA